CACAGUAAAAAGACCCUCCUUCUCACACACCGGAGUUUAUCUAAUCUAUAUAUAUCUAAGUAUAAAUUGAUUGAUUGACACCAUGCUGUCCAUGUUUCUGGAGUCCCUCGGCAUGGCGCUGUGCCUCGCCGGCUCUCUUCUGGUCAUGGUGGCGUGCGGCCUGCCCAUGUGGAAGGUCACGGCGUUCAUCGACUCCAACAUCGUGGUGGCGCAGACGAUCUGGGACGGACUGUGGAUGUCCUGCGUGGUCCAGAGCACCGGACAGAUGCAGUGCAAGAUACACGACUCGAUGCUGUCUCUGUCUCAGGACCUUCAGACGGCUCGAGCGCUCACCGUCAUCGCGGCGGUUUUUGGGGUAUUGGCGUUAGCGGUGAUGCUUGCCGGCGCUCAGUGUACCAACUGCAUCCAGGAGGAGGCGCUGAAGGGGCGCGUCGUUUUCACCGGGGGGAUCUUAUACAUCUUCAGCGGGCUCUUUGUUCUCGUGCCGCUCUGCUGGAUGGCCAACAACAUCAUCGUGGAUUUCCACAACCCUCAGAUUCCUCCGUCCAAAAAGAGGGAAAUCGGGGCGGCCAUUUAUAUCGGAUGGGCUUCUACGGCGUUAUUGUUGAUGGGGGGGGGGCUGCUGUGCUGCUCCUUCUCCCAGGGGGCGAGGGGAGGGUAUCCCAUAAAAUACACCCCCACCAAGAGCAUCGCCUCCAACGGGGACAAGAAGCACUACGUUUGAGGAACUUUCAGGGGAUUUGAAAAUGAAGCUAAAACUGCCACUAAGAAGUGUCUAGAAGUUUCCUACGUUUUUGUUUUUCCUGCAACGAGAUGAUCAGAUGCAACAGGGAGUUUGAAAAAGAAGAAUUAAGUAUAAAAGAGACUUUUUGGAAGAAAGACUUAAGUCCCAGGUUCCUCAACAGGGCAACAUGAAUAUAGGACAUAGAACAAUAACACAGAUAAAACAGUGCAAGAGUUUUUAACUUUAAGGGGACUUCUGGAGCGGUUACUUGAAUUCCUUUUUUCACCAGGGUUGACGCUGAUAGAGAAGCUUCUUGUUUUGGUGUUUUGAUUAGAAAUGCUUUGUAGAAAUCCACUUUUAUUUUAUUUUAUUUUUAGGGGGACUUCUUUGGAGCAUCACGUCCAAUGGGGACAAGAAACACUUCGUCUGAUGAAUUCUUGGGGGCUUUUGGAGCGGAGGUGAAAAUGGUUUCUGGUAAAACUGCAACUAAGAAGUAAUAAUAAUAAUAAUACAUUUCAUUUAUAUUAUAUAUAUAGCACAAUUUAAAAACAACGUCAUCUCAAGGUGCUUCGCUACGAGGAGAACAUACAAUACAAGAUAAAGUUAUUCAAUUCCUUUUUUCACCAGGGCUGAAGCUGAUAAAGAAACUUCUUGUUUGGGUGUUUUUCGACAAGAAAUGCUUCGUAGAAAUCCACUUUUAUUUUUUGGGGGACUUCUUUGAAGCCGACCUGGAUCUUUGCUCAAUGUUUGAAAUGAUGUCUGGUGAAAAUGCGACUAAAAAUGUUAUUUUUAAGUCAUUUUCAAAGUGAUGAAACUGGUUGAAAUGAACCAGGUUUGUUUGUGAUUGAGAAGAAACUCAAAGGGAUAAAACUGCAACUAAAAAUGUGUCCCGAGGUUAUUUCUCUAUAAUUCUUCUUUACAGUAAUAACGCUGAUAGAGAGGACUUUUCCAAGUGCUAUAUACAGAAUUUAGCCUAAUUUAUUUCAUGUUUUAAUUGUAAACAUGUUGGUUUUCAGUCUGCUGUUCUGUCGGGAAUGGGGAGUGUGUUUUUUGUAUUUUGGUGACUUGUUUCGAGACACAUCUGUGGUGAAAGUUUAAAAAUGAUGUUAAAUCUGCAGCUCGUUAAGACUUAACGAGCUCACUGAUGUACUCAGGAGUUAAUUAAUGCUUCAACACAAGGACUCUGCAAUCAAUUAGUGGUUAACGAGAGGCUUAAAGAGUUAAUCUGUAAUCCUUGGAUCUGUGUGUGUGUGUGUGUGUGUGUGUGUGUGUGUGUGUGUGUGUGUGUGUGUGUGUGUGUGUGUGUGUGUGUGUGUGUGUGUGUGUGUGUUCAUUGUUAAUAGACACCCCCCUCACCUCCCAGUGGACUCGUUUACUUCCUGGUUCCCACAGUGAACAGCAGGCGAUGAGAUGUUGUGAUUAAAGGGGGAUUCACAUUUAAAUACAUGUACAGUGUUUCUACUUCCUGACUGCUUUCUCAAGUAUUUUUAAUAAAACAUUCUUUUUUUUAAUAAAGUAAAAACUUGUCUGUA